UGCUCCCUGUUGCUUGACUAAAGAGAAGCGACAGAGAUAACCUGGUAUUCACUUUGACACUUUCUGACAGGAAACAUUAGUGUAACCGAUUAGUCCACCUAUUCUACUCCAUUAAACUUUGAGGGAAUCAUCAGUUCAUCACUAAGUGCUGUUUUUAACAACAAAGGGAUCUCGUCACCAUGGCAAUGUUUACAAUGUCCCUGCUUCUCUGUGCUGCAUUUGCUCUGAGCGGUGCAACAGAGGUUACAACUGUCACGGAAAACCACAUGGAACAGAGCUCACCUGCUGAGGUGGUGAAGGCAGAGAGGUGGAGCAGGGACUCUUGCCCACCUGGCUGGCUCAAGUACGGGGCACGGUGUUUCAUGUUUGUGCGUUCCGGCAAGACGUGGAUGAAUGCUGAGCGGUACUGUGUGCACUUCGGAGCAAACCUUGCCUCCAUCCACAGCUCUGAAGAGUAUCAUUUCGUGCAAGAGUUGAUCAUACUACAGACAGAAGACUUUACCCCUGCCUGGAUUGGAGGAUUUGACGCUGUUCAGAACCGAGUGUGGCUCCAGAUUUGACUACAGGAACUGGCUCACAGGAGAACCCAAUAAUGUCGGUGGCAGAGAGCCAUGCAUGAUGAUGAACUAUGGAGGUGAAAAACGCUGGAAUGAUAUUCAAUGUGGAUCUAUAUUUCCAUCUGUGUGCUCCAAAAGGUUGUGUUAAAUCUGCCAUCAUAUCUUCAACUGAACCACUUUUUUGUAAUUAAAACUGUACAGUAUUAUUGAAGAAUGUAAAUAUAUGGUAGGCCUAUAGAUUUUGUGAAUCAUAGUCGAGCAUGAGAUUUAACUGAAGGGGGAUUUUCUAUCAUGUAAAUAGGCUGUCGUCAAAUUUUUUCAAUGAUGCCAAUCAUGUAAAAUGCCAUAGUGAAGUUUUGCUACUAAUAAAUAAUAUCCCUAAUA